UUGAUCGUUUUCGUAUUAGAAUAGGCUACAACAGAACUUUAGUAUUGUGAUUAUUUUCAGCCUUCGUACUGAGCAUGGAGGAACUGGCCCGGGAGAGUAUACGCAGCAUCAGUCUGCUAUCCAAACCUGCGCGGGGCUCGGACGUCCCGCGACUUGGAUCAUUUGGGGCCAUAUUCAUCAUGCUUAAAUCUGCCCUCGGCGCGGGACUCCUUAACUUUCCAUGGGCUUUUGAGAAGGCUGGCGGCGUGAACACAGCCAUCAGUGUGGAGAUGGUAUCUCUGGUCUUUCUCAUAAGCGGGUUGGUCAUUCUCGGCUACGCCUCAUCAAUCAGUCGGCAGAACACGUAUCAUGAUGUGGUACGAGAGGUGUGUGGACAGAGGAUUGGCCAUCUGUGUGAGAUCUGCUUUGUUUUCAACCUCUUCAUGAUCUCUGUGGCCUUUUUGGUGGUUGUGCAGGAUCAACUGGAUAAGCUGUGUCUGUCUCUGUAUGAGACAGUGACGGGAAAUACAGAAGGAGAGAUGCCAUAUCACUGGUACACAGAUCACCGUUUUGCACUCUUUGUCAUGUGCCUCAUUAUCAUCCUUCCACUCUCUAUACCCAAAGAGAUCGGCAUCCAGAAAUACACCAGUGUAUUGGGAACUUUGGCUGCUACAUACCUGAGUGUAGCCGUAAUCGCAAAGUAUUAUCUAAAAGAUGAGCACACAGCAGACCUCACACCAGAGCACAGUCAAGGACUGGACUCGUGGGCCUCCAUCUUCAGUGUGGUUCCUACUAUCUGUUUUGGUUUCCAGUUUGGGUUUCUCACAUUUGGACGGGAAGUAGCCUCAGAUAUCUUGAUGUCGUAUCCUGGAAAUGAUGUAGUGAUGAUUAUUGCUAGGCUGCUGUUUGGUAUUUCGAUCAUCACCAUCUAUCCUAUAAUACUGCUGCUGGGAAGGUCAGUGAUUCUAACACAGAUAUUGCGCUUUUGGGAACAACGGGCCAUAAUUACAUCUGUGUUUGAGAGUCGGUGCCGUCUGAUUCUAACAAUUCUCUGGAUCACUGUGACUCUCCUCAUCGCCAUAUAUGUACCAGAUAUGAGUGAGGUCAUCAGCGUAAUCGGGGGAAUUAGUGCCUUCUUUAUAUUUAUUUUUCCUGGGCUGUGCCUCAUUUUUGCCAUGCAGACAGAACCUAUAAAUCACAGGAUGAGAUCCAUCUUGACAGGGUGGGGUGUGGUGACUGUCGUUACUGGAACUUUUAUCUUUGGCCAGAGCACAACUAUAGCUGUUAUGGAGCUGACGCACAAAUUUUAAUCUUCGUCAUGGUCUUCCUCAUUUGGAAUAUCAUUGUCUUGACAAAAUGUGUUUGUAUAUUCGAUUGAUGGAUGAAUAACAGUAUGAUACUUGAAACUAAGGAACAGAAAAUGUCACACAACAGUGCCUUAUGCUUGUAUUACUGUUAGUGCUCAGUUUGAUAUGUUGUGUGUGUUUGUGUGUGUGUGUGACUAAGAAAAUGUGC